AUGGCGGUAAAUAAGAAUUACCAUAGCAACCAAUACUCGAACAGUACAAGUAAUGUUUCAAAAUGUCGGGCAAUGAGGAAGAUUCAAAGCCCGAUUCCAGCGAAAACAACAAGCAAAACCUGAAAGGUGUAACAAAUAAACUUAAAGCUGAAGCUUUGAGAAGGCUCAAACUCGAAGAUGCUGAGUAUGACGAAGAAAAAUCAAAGGAAGAGGGCAACAAUGAUACAGGAGAAACAACCGAUGUUCCCACUUCAUCGGAAGAUGGGCAAAAGUCAGUCCCAAUAAACGCAGAAGAAACUAAUGUGUCUGCUGAAAAUAGUACAGCUGAACAAGUUAAAAAUCAUAGUGACGCAUCAAGUGAAUUGAAGAAACAUGACGAAGGACAACCAAGCAAAGAAGACGAAAAUGUUCGGGAUGAUCAAGUUGUUUCUACAAAUGAUGGAGUUCAGCAAAUUCAGGCAGAUGAUGAAGAUAGCUCAGGCAAGAGAAUAAGUGAGCCAUCUACUGAACAACAAGAUGUAACUAAAGAAGAAGAAGGACCGGAAAACGCAGGAUCUGCUCCURAUAUAAACAAAAAGCCAGAAAGCGAACAUGGGACUGACAAUGRAAUUGCUGAUACUACUGGUMCUGGURAAAYUGAUAGGMAUGAUACUGGACCUGAUKAUAGUGCCCGCUCAAAUGUUGAUGAUAUAGGGUCUSCACCAUCAGCAGAACAAUCCGCAACUGAUAAGUCAAAGAUAAUUUCUGAAACAACGGAGAUUCCAGAGGAAAAGAUUUCUAGCUCAUCUAWAGAGCAAGAAUCAGCAAAGUCUAAUUCACAGGAAAAUGAAGAAGAUCAAGAGGCAAAAGAUAACGUUAAAGAUGAAACAGUAAAAGAAACUGGACAAGAUAGAAUGGAAGAAGGUGGAAAAAGUGGAAAAGAAAAAGAAAGUGAGAGUAAUGGAAUAGAAAGAGAAAUUAAGCAAGAUGAUGAUUUGAAGGAAACAGAAUCAGCUGAAAGCAAAGCACAAAAUGAACAAGAUGAAAAGACAAUAGAAAGUGGACAAGAURGGACUAAAGYUACCAAAGAAAGUUCAAAUGAAGAUAAAGCAGAUGUUGCCAGUACUCAAGCUACUUCAACAGAACCCAAGCCAAGUGAUUCUUCUAAACCUGAAGAUGAUAAAGAACAAAGUGAUGAGAUUUCCCCACCUUUAAAUGAAAUAGUUGAAGGACAAACCGAAAGCAAACACAAUAAUGAUUCUUCUGUUGCUACAGAUAUAGGAGAAAAUAGCAAUGUAAAGUCAGAUAAUGAAAAUAAUAGUAUAAGUAGUACUGAUCACAAAUCUAUUGAAAAACAGGAGGAUAAAGAUGGCAUCUCUGAGGACAAAGUAAAGUCUGAUGAAGCUACAAAGGAUGCACAAGGUAAUAGUGAAACAACUCAAGGAAAAGAUGAAGCCAAAGGAAAUAUCCCAGCCACAGAAAACAGUAAUAAAGAAGAUGAUACAGUAAAGUCCUCUCAAGAAAAAAAGGAGUUGUCUCAGGCUGAUAGCAAUAUCCCUGUUUCAAAUGAUAAACAAGAACCUAAUGUUGAUGAAAAAUCCAGCAAAGAAAAAAUUGAUUCCAGUGCAGAAAGCAAGGAUAUAGAUAAAACAGAUAAAAAAGAAUCUGAAACAACCAAAGAAUCAAGUAAAGAUGAUAAAAUUGGAGAAGAAAAGGAUGGUGAAAAGAAGAGUGAAUCAAAAGAAACUGUGCAAGAAGAAGGAGAGGCACCUCCAGAAGUAGAUAAAGAGCAACAAARCGGAGAAGAUGCAUUACAAGAAGGUGCACCUGAAGGCCAAGUUGAUGGGGAAGAAGAAGAAACAGUACUAGCUGAUGAUUUUUUCUAUGACUAUGAAGAGAUUGUUUCUAAGCCAUACUCUUCAGAAGGAAUUCCUAAUAGUCUUUUGACUUUACACCAUUCGUUUGGGUUUGAGUGUACAAAAAGAGAAAACCUUCAUGUUAUGGAUGAGGAAACUAUUCUAUUUUCUGCUGGCAACAUGGGACAGUUACUUAACAUCAAAACUCAAGAGCAGACCUAUUUCAGGACUACGGGAGGUGGUGGUAUUGGGGCAAUAGCAAUCCACCCAAGCAGAAAGUAUUUUGCAGUUGCUGAGAAAGGAAUCAAACCAAAUAUCAACAUAUUUGAGUAUCCUUCACUCAAACUUCACAGAAUCUUACGAGAUGGAACAGAAGAAGCUUACUCCAACCUUGACUUUUCUCCCGAUGGAACUAAACUUGCUUCUGUUGGUUGUGCUCCUGAUUUCAUGCUGACAGUGUGGGAUUGGAAGAAUGAGAAAAUUCUGUUAAGAUAYAARGCAUUUUCUCAGGAUAUUUACAAAGUUGCCUUCUCUGCUGACAAUGAAGGACACGUCAACACCAGUGGAUCUGGACACAUCAGGUUCUGGACAAUGGCAAACACAUUUACUGGACUUAAAUUACAGGGAAUGAUUGGAAAAUUUGGGGCAAAAGAAAUUUCAGACAUUGAAGGUUUUGUGGAGUUGCCAGAUGGUAAAGUACUAUCAGGGUCAGACUGGGGUAACAUGUUACUGUGGGAGGGUGGUUUAAUCAAGGUGGAGAUAUCUAAGAAAGGCAAAAAGACAUGUCAUCAUGGAAUGAUUCAGCAGUUCUUCAUGGAUGAAGGAGAAUUGAUGACUAUUGGUGUUGACGGAUUUGUCAAGGUUUGGGAUUUUGAAAGUAUUGACAAUGCUGAUACUGAUGAUCAGGGUGCAUUGUUUGAGGUCGAUCCCAUGUAUGAGCUAAAGGUUGGUACUGAUGUUAAACUAAUGUCUAUGCAAAAGGCAGUCAAUAGUGAGGCUCCAAUUUGGUAUGCUCAGGAUGCUGGAGGCGGUAUUUGGAAGCUGGACUUAUCGUUCACUCACACCAGCCAUGCUCCAGAACGCAUGUUUUCCUUUCAUGCUGGUCGUAUAACAGGAUUAGACACUUCACCUGUUGCACACUUUGUUGCUACUUCAGGAGAAGAUCAUACGGUUCGUGUGUACGACUACCUGGCAAAGAAGCAGAUCUGCCAUUCUAAGUUUAAUUCAGGCAGUUCUACMYUGCUCUGGGUUCCAAAAAUUGUCAGUACYAAAGGUACCUGCAUCUUAGCUGGUUUUGAAGAUGGUGUGGUGCGUCUUCUUACUCUCAAUAAAGUUGACCUUUCRCAAGUUCGUUCCAAGAAGUCUAAAUCUGACUUUGAGCUUAAUCUAACCCAAGUCUUCAAGCCACAUACAAAACCUGUCACUGUCAUGACUAUUGAUGAUAAAGGAGAGUUAUUAGCCACUGGGAGCUCUGAUUGCACAGUGUUCUUCUUCACAAUUGGUGAUACUUAUAAACCCAUUGGCUUUGUUGAAACUGCUUCUCCUGUCGUAUCUAUUGAAUGGUCAAACAAGGGGAAGAAAGAGAGAAGYGUCUUAGUAAGCUGUAAAGAUGGGACUGUCUUGGARGUGGAAGCACCUCAGCCAGGAGAACAUGACACAAGUAAAACUUUCCACCUGCCGCUAAAGAACUUGAAAAUCACUGAAUUCUUCUUUAAGAGAGUAAAAGACAAGCUAAGGAAAGCUGAAGCAGAUGCAAUCAAAGCCAAAGAAAAAGAAGCAAAGCGAAAGAAAAAGGAAGCAGAGAGAGCUAGAAGACGGGAAAGAGGUUUAGAAGAGGAAGAAGAGGAGGAGGAAGAAGAAGAAGAGGAGGAGGAAGAACAGGUCGAAGAAGUACAGGAUCACGGACCAAGUGAGAUCAUCAAGGGUUUCUAUCACAACAAAAAUGACAAAUUCUUCUUAUCAAUGGAUGGCUGGGAUGCAGGGUAUCUAUACGAAUGUGAGUUUUCUGAAAAACCAWCAGAAGGAGAMGAAAAGGGUGAAGAACCAGURCGUAGUAUUCCUGUYGACAACAGCAAUGAUGCACCGAUWAGAUCCGUUUACACAACACAUUCCAAGAAGUUCCUUCUGUUUGGCAUGGAAGAUGGMAUCAUUCGYAUCCACCCUCUAGARGAUGGCACUGAUCUGGAGCAUCUCCAAUCCUAUUGGUCGUUUAGUAUCCAUGACAACCAUAAUGGCGCUAUAACCAAGAUCAUCACUAGUUUUGAUGAUAAGUACGUCUUUACCUCGGGUGCUGAUGGGAAUUUCUUUGUGCACAAGUUCAUGGAUGAAGCUGUUAAGGGAAUCAAGAUACCGCAUAAAAUUUCACUGCCUUCUCCUAAGAAACGUAUUGGAGAAGAUGGUCAAGAAAUUAAAGACAAAGUGGAUGAUAUUGAUGAUCCUAAUUUCUACAGUAUUGAACUUGAAAAACAGAAAGCAGAACACGACMGAAUGGUGAAACUUGCCGAGGAGAAGAAACAGAAUGUUCGACGUAAGAUUACUAAUCUUAGAAAAGCCUUUAAGCAAUUGAUGAACAGAAACCAAGAACUUCCUGAUCAUGUGCAGCUUAAGUCCGAGGAGUUUAUUAUUGACCCUAAUAUGAAGAAAGACCUUAAAGAYAAGACCCAAGAUAAGAUUGAUCUUGUYCAUAAAGAAUUAGCAUGGGAAACAGAAAAACAUUCCAUUGGUCUCAGCAAGAUGAAAAAGAGAUUCAAGGAYGAGAUAGAGUGCGAAAGGAUUGUUCUAAGAGCCUUCAACUCGGACCAUCUUGUGUCAACAUUUCGCGCCUCAAAACCUGAUUAUCUCGAGUUGCUUCAACGAGAGGAAAAGGAAAACAACAAAACAAGCGAGGGUCCGGAGAGUGGGCCACGAAAAUCCAUCGUAGGAGGAAGACAGUUACGACGUCAAAGUACUCAGGAUAAGAUUCCUGCACAGCAAGCACARCAACAACCGCAGCAGCAGACGCAAGCACAAAGUCAACUCGGCGGGAAAGUUGCUAAAGCUUUAGAAAAAGCAGAAGCWCGWCGGAUGAAAAGAUUGAACCGUCAAGCUCAGUGGGAUGAACUUAACCGUAACAAGCCAGACGAGAACUACGAAGAUCCAAAAGACAAGGCCGCCAUCAAGGAAGCUAAGGAAAACAUGGGYGAUUACAAACUUAAAACGGCCAAAGAUUAUGUAGUACCCGAGAGCCAACGGGUCAACGCUGACAAGAAGAGAUUACAAUUGCUGAAACUACUUGAUCAGAUUCACCAGUACAAGUUUGACUUCAAUCAGAAAUUCCUGAGUCUUAGAAACAAGAAGAUCGCAAUCAUWAAACAGGCAAAAGACAGCACAGGCAAAAUCCUGGAGAUCCAAAAAAAGAUGGAUUCCUACGCCAGACGCCCUAUUCCAAAAGUUCCUGAAAUGAAGCCGGAUGAACAGCCGGAAAAACGCCUUGAGUACACACGUGAGCGCCUUCUUGAAUUUAAAAAGCAACUGAGUGACACGACCAAGUCAAGUGGCGGCCAUGAUGAAGGAGGAGGCUUCGGCGGKUUUGGUGGAUUUGGUGGUGGCGGUGGUGCUGCCGAGUCAACUAAACCAGGKGUAGGAAAGCCUGGAGCACGUGACCGCUCCAUCUCUUCUGUGUCCUUCCACUCUUCUGGUAGACCCAAGUCCAGUUUAAGUGGGGUGACAGAAAAAGGUACACCAGAGCCCUCCCUUGAAGAGGUUCCCGAGGAACCGAGCCCUCUCGAGCAGUUGAUGCUUGAAGAAGAACAAAUCAAGUUGCAAUAUGAUCAAGACCUACUCAUCGAUGGCAUCAAGUCGAUGAUGGAAAAGUUUGAUGCAGAUUUGCGCACUUUAAGGCACGAUAAAGCWCACCUUGAGAUUGCGCUGAAGUGCGCUGACCUCMGACAAGUGACGCUGUUUGAGGAGUUUAUGCUAUUGAAAGAGUUCGAGAAACGUGAAAAUGUAUAUGCCAACAAAGUUAAUACUAAAAUCAACGAGAAAGAGGAGAUGCAAGAUAAGGUUGAGGAUUGUCAGAUGACAUUAGAAUCAAAGAAACAACAAAUCGAUAAACUUCUCGAGCAGGAAAAGGCUCUAUACACGACUUUCUCAACAGCCUUGGGAGAGAACAAUAAGUUUGAGAACUUCUUGACAAAAGUUUUCAAAAAGAAGAUUAARAGAGCUAAAAAGAAACCACAGACUGAAGAAGGCUCAGAGGAAGACAGUGACGAAGAGGACAGCGACGAAGACUURUCAUCGAGUGAUGAAGAAGACAGUGAUGCUGAGGAAUUGGACGACAGCGUAUGUCCACCCGGCUGUGACCAGGCUUUAUUUGAUCAAAUCUGUCAGCUGCGUGAAAAGAAAUUAGACUUGGAGGAGUUGUUAACUGAUGAGAAAAAAGCGAGCGAGACGCUCAAGAAGGAGUACGAUGCGCUUGUCAAGAAGGCAAAGAUUAUAGACUCUGCUUUGAAUACUGCUGAAGCUGAUCUCGAGGCCUUCCAGCGUGAAAAGCAACAGAAACUCAACGARCUUGACGUGGUUGUGAUUUUAAGACUGAGUCAAAUACAACACAUGGUCAACAACGCCAUUCCGCAGGACUUGUCACAGUCUUUGAUCUUCAAYGCGCCUGGCUUGAAUCAUCUUCAGUACCGAAUCAAAGAACUAGAGAAAGAAAAACACGAACAAAAGCGACUUUACCGCGAGCACCGACAGAAACACGUUCAGCUCAUUCGCGACAAGAAGGUCAUGGAAUCACGGAUCGGUGAAUUAGAAGAAAAAGUCCAGAACAUGAUGAUGCUAAAGUUCGGUCGACUGGUCGAUUUAGAGAAACUCGAGAARGUCACAGUUAGCAGAACAGUGGAAGAACUCAAGGAAAAACUGAGACAGCAGGAAAUCAAAAGCGCACGAGAUAUCGCGAAAUGGGAUGUAAAGAUCGAUUCUUACAAGGAAAAAACGACGCAGUUAACCCGUGAAAACACUCAACGACUGGACACAUUCACGAUUCUACUGCAAGAAAAGAAAGAACUCGAGCAAAUGCUUGAUUCGAGACAAAAAUCUUUGGGUACUGAAUUCACCGGCGCUCGUAAAGCCGACCUACGCGAGAGACAGCGACUAAUUCAGCUCGUCCAGUUACAAGCCCAGGAAAUCGAUGCUUUGAAGGACGAAAUCACACUUUUGUCCAGGAAGGGUGGACACAUCUUGCCUCCCGCACAGCCUCCUCUUCCCCCUGGACAGACACCCAUCCCUAAUACGUAGUUUGUACUGUAAUUUGGUUUAUGUCUAUAUUUUAAUACAGUAUUUUGGUGUUUUUAGUUUGUUAAUUAUCGUAUAUGGUAUUUUGUAUAUAUAAUAAAUGUAUGGAUAAGUUUGGGGAUUGUUUCCCUAGAAUGCCCUUUUCAAGGGUGAAUUUUGCAACAAAUAAACAAAAAAAUAAAAUAUUUGGU